UUUUGGUCCAGGUGUUUCUGAUCGGUGCUAAAAUACCACAUACCUCCUUACUAUAUCGCCGUUCUUUUCCUUCAGUUGCUCAACAGGACGCCACCCCAGAGACGACUGUAUAUCCAACUGAAGCUAGACAAAUCCUUUACAUCUUCUCGAUCCAGACAGUUGUCGACGACGUUUUAAUGAAUUUAUUGGUCAUUUUUCAGUUUUACCUCUUCUAGGACUGCUUUACCCAUUGCCAUCACGAAAACACGACUCGUACGGAUUAUUUCUAUUUGCUUUAUUUGUUUUGCUUUUUUUAAACCAAAAAUGAAGCAAUUAAUCGAGGUGGUCUCCGAGACCACUUUCAUCCCGGCAAAGAACAACCAGCCGCAACAGGAACAGCACCACGACCCCGACCACACCCCCGCAUCCUCGAGCACGACCUCGGCCGCGUCGUCGUCCAGCACUGUAGGCGAACCCACACCAACCACCACGACGACUACCGCAUCUAUAUUUCCCUCUCUCUCGUCCACGACCGGUCCACCUUCAAAUGCAGCAGAAAAAAUAGAAGCUGAAGCGGCCCCAGACGCACAAAACGACCAACAGCACCAUCGUCAAGAUGAGAACCAAGAAGACCUUGCCGCAGCGCCUGCCUGCCCGGAGGUGACAAUUCCCACCGAGGCAGAAAAUGCAGAUGGUGAAGAUGAUCCAUCAAAUAAAACCGACGGCUACUGCCCACUCACUUGCGCCGUGUGCCAGAAGAAAGGCGAGCAGCACCGGAAAUACACCUGCCCGUGCUGCAACCGGAAGACCUGUUCGUUGAAGUGCAGUAUCAAGCACAAACAGGUUUUCAAGUGCAGCGGAAAAAGAACGAGGUUCAACGACAAGGCGACCAAUUUGAAACUGAUGAACGACAAAACGAUAAUGCAAGACUACCAUUUCUUAGACCAUGUGAACGACGAAUUGGAGAGAGAUUACCGGAAUAAGGAGUCGUUAGAAGAAAAGAUGAAGCUCCAGCCGACGAUGACGGCGACACAGGCGAAGAAGAAAAAAAAGAAGAAGAUCAAAGACCAAUUUCUCUACCGGGACACCGGGCUAGUGGCCGAGGCGAAAAAAAGGCGGACGCGGUUGCUGUUGGCCGAUAUCGGGUUGGAUCAUGCGAAAAAGAACAAUUCCUUCGUAGACAAAACGACCGGGAAGAUCCACUGGCGGUUGGAGUGGUCGUUUUUCGGGGGGAAUGCGGAAAAAGAGGUGUUCAUCGACGAGCCGGUGGAUGAAGAUACGAAGGUGCAGGAUUUGCUGGCCAGGUUUUUAACGACAAUGCAAAGUUCAUCAUCUGCAAAAGGUUCUAAUAUUGCGCCAGGUGGGGAGGCAAGUGGAACUGCAGAUGCGGAAGUAGACUUCGAGGCGGCCGCUCAGGACGAGGCCCUCGGGGCUGGUGUCGAGGCCGGACAGAAACAAGAGGAUUCUGCACAGGACGAACAGGCGGGGCCCGAAGUAGAUGUACAGACAGAUGUGACUCUUGGCGAGAUGAAGAACUUCUUGCCUCCGCCGGCCAAUCCUUUCGCCAAUAAUAUUAACGCUGAGCACAGCCACUCGGCCGAGGGUGAACACGCUGACGUUCCCGACGCUGAAAUGGAAGUGGAUGGGCUUCCGUCUACCUCGGAGAAUCAACCUCUCCCUGCAGCCACGAGGGCAGCUGUAACGGGGCACGAGCACCAAAAGGAGAACGGGGACGUCACGAGUGCAACCGCGACGUCAGGAGCUGCAGUGGGACGACCAAAUAAAGCCGAUGAAACGGUCAUCUCGACAGAAGGUGCCGAGCAAAUUGCGGAGACCAAGUCCGAACAACAAGCUCCCGAAGAAGUAGAGCACCAAGAUGGGCAAGACAACCAGUUGCAGGAUUUCUUCCACGAGAUCGCGUCGGGGAACAUCAAAGUGUACCUGCGCGACCGGUUCCCCUUCGCGAACCCUAAUGUCAGCAAGUACAACGCACACAGUCGACAGGUACUCACUUGAUGACGUCAGAUUCUUUAUCUUUUCGAAAUUCAAAUUAUUAACAUCAAGUGGUCCUGCCGUAUUUUUGGGAAGCAAUGUUAAGUGAAAACUACAUGUAGAUUUUGGAUUGCGAAUACAUCAACCUCUUCUCAUGCAGUUUUGUAGUACUCGCCCAAGCCCAACGUGAGCAGCCAUAGCUACUGUCUGAAGACAAAAUCGUCUGCGCCAAGAAUACCCCAUGAAGAACCUCCGCAUAUCCUAAAAUCUCUUCCCCCACAACAGGUCAACCUGGUUGAAGUUCUUCCCGAUCGCACGGUGAAGGAGAACUUGCAGGGUCGCGAAGUCGCCGAAUUCCCCCGCUUCAUCGUGACCGCAGAGCAUCUAGAGGACCAAUGGCCUUUGUUCACGGAAUUGGAAAAGAAGAAGGCAGAUUUCCUGCACGGCUUCAAGAUCGGCGACAUCGUUCUCGCGACGAAGGACAUUUUGUACCCGCAUGAAAACGAAGAGUUUGAAGGAGGGGAGGAGGAGGAAGAAGAUUUUUCGGAGGACGCAGCUGAUGUCCAGCAGGAAGGAGCCCCUCCGAAAAAACGGCGAAAACUGGAAACGACGAAUGUGCCGCGGAUCGUUCCGAAGGGCACCGAGGGGGUUAUCGAAGACCUGGAUGAGGACGGGCAUUGGAUCGACUGGACGGAUUUGGAAGGGUUUGACGAUUUGGUUCUCAUGGACGUGGAAACCGUGAAAAGGAAAGUGAUCAUCGCACAGGGCGGAAACCACCACGGCGCGGGGGGGAAGCACAACGCGAGUGGGAAAAAGGGCCACAAGGGGCUGCACGGGAAGAAUAUGCUGAAAGGCGGCGGGAAAAAGGGUGGCAAGAUGUUCGGUAAGGACACUAACAAUCCAGAAGGAGGAGACAACUCGACGGGGAAUCCGAACGAGGUCGCCCUUGGAGCAGGUGCUGGCGGCUACAAAGGAGAAGCUGGGGCUCAAGCUGGGGGAGAUCAGUCGCAGUUCUUUGGCGCGAAAAAUAAGGGUGAGUUUGGAAAGAAGAAUGGCAAGGGAAAAGGAAAGAAGAACAAUGCCUUUGUUGACCAGCAGAACGGUUCUUUCGGAAGCGCCAAUAAGAUGAACAGCUUCGGUGGAGCCGGUGCUGGUUCCAAAGGUGGAUCAUUCGACAGUGCUGGGUUCUCUGGUAACGGCUCUUUCGGCAGCAAGAUGAAGGGUGGGAAGCAAAACCAGAAAAGCAACUUUUUCCCGAAUAACCACGACCUCCAGGAGCAAGACCAGAAAGCGGCGGAAGACCACGGUGGUGCGGCAGCUGCAGCAUCAUCAGCAUCUGCUUCUGCUGAAAAGAACAACGAGGAAGACGGAAGUAAGCAGGACGAUUUCUACUCCCAGUACAAUAAGUUUUUGCAGUCUCAACAGCAGAAGGGAUCUUCAUCUGGGGGGAACUCAUCGAACGGUUCUUGGAACAACUGGAACCACCAAACCACUGCUGGAUCUGGAGCAACUGCUACAUCUUCUAGUUCUGGCUACCAACAGAACAAGCAGCAACCGCGUGCCGCUUGGAAGGGCUCGCAGGUGCAGAGGAUGAACAGCGAUUCUUUCAACAGCAAGAGCAAUUACGGCAAUGGUACAACAGCAGGGAUGAACAUGAAAGGCGGUUUCACAGGUAGCUCAUCAUCAUCUUUUAAUAGCGGAAACAAAGGCGGCAACACCUUUGGAGCAGCUGAGAGCGCCGACAAAAUUUCCAUGUCAGCAACAAUGGCGAGCAACUUCGGUUCUUGGAACAACGACACACAGCAGAGCUGUAAUGCGAACAUGAACAACAGCAGUGAUGAAGCUGCUGCUGCCGCCGGUAAUAAUACAUCCUCUCAAUUAUCAACGCAGCAGCAGGCUGCAAUGACAAAUGCUAUGCAGCAACAGCUGGCUGGCAACGUAAACAUGCAGCAGCAAUCUGGUGCAGCUUUCAUGCAACAACAGCAGCAGCAACAGAUGCAGCAGCAGCAGCAGCAACCAGUGGACUUGCAAGAGGUGAUGAAGGCCAUGCAGGUUUUGAACAACUUCACCAACAUGAACGCAGGUCAGGGCAUCACGAUGGGAGGCCAGAGCGUCAAUAUGGGUGCCGGCAUUGGGAGCGCCGGCAGCGGUGUGCAAAUGAAUAACAUGUUGGGUGGCGGCGGCGGCGGCGCACAAAACAACAUGAUGGCCGGUGCCCAGAACAACAUGAUGAUGGGGCAAAAUAUGAACGGCAACGGCAUGAACAUGAUGGGAAAUAAUAUGAGCAUGAAUGGCAACAUGUCUACCAGCAUAGCCACCAACAACCCGAUGCAGAUGCAGAUGGCAGCAGCUGCCAUGCAGCAGAACAAUGGAGGCGGUAAUGGUAAUAAUAUGAUGAACCUUAAUCAGCAGCAGCAGAUGAUGGGCAACAUGAACAAUAUGAACAGUAUGAUGAACCAGCAGAACACGACCAACUACCUGGCUGCGAUGCAAAAUAUGAACAUGAUGAACAACAUGAACCAGAAUUGGCAAGGAGGCGGCGGUGGCUGAGGCGGUUUUGCCACCAGAUCCACUUUGAAUCUCUUUUGAAGAAAAUCUAAACGAACACGCAACAAAGAUUUGCAACGCAUUUUUUCCAAGCGAUCAUUCUGAUCCUGAAACUUCAUGAACGACGCAGAAAUAACAAAAAAACCCGAGCUACUCAAUUGCGAACCCGCAGUAGAAUGUG